UGAUGACGUAGCGCGGGUCGCGCCGCUCACGUCAUCAGCGCGAGACGCUGCCACGCGACAGCUGUUAUGAUUACAUGCCUCCACAUGACAAGUUUUAUUUGUGAUUUUUAGGGCCUCGCAGCGCGUGUCUGUGAUCGGCGAUGGUGUUGAGGACAGUCUGUGAGCUCAGGAUGCAGGAUGAGUGAUUACUCUCUUCAGCAGGAGAAUGAGCUCCAGGCGCUGUCAUCGAUAUACGGAGAUGACUUCAGAGACGUCCGCGCAGAGCAUCCCUGGAAGGUCAGAUGUCCUCCAGAGGUUUACCUGUCCCUGCGGCCGAAGGGACUCAGUUUCGGACAGACCAGUUACGUCUCAGUGGACCUGCAGGUCAAAUGUUCACCGACGUAUCCUGAUGUGCCUCCAGAGCUGGAGCUGAAGAACGCUAAAGGCCUGUCCUACGACAAACUAGAGCGACUCCAGAAAGACCUGGACAAACUGGCCCAAGACAGAUGCGGAGAGGUGAUGAUCUACGAGCUGGCGGACUUUGUUCAGGGUUUUCUGACGGAGCACAACGUUCCUCCCUCGAGCUCCUUCCACGAGGAGAUGCUGAAGAACCAGCGGCGUCUGCAGGAGCGUUUGGCUCUGGAGGAGCAGCAGAAGAUCGACCAGCGCCGCAAACAGGAAGAGCAGACGCAAAAUGAGAUUCUUGCAGAAAUCCAGAGGAGAGAGGAGGAGAAACGAGAAGAGAAGAGAAAGAAAGAGAUGGCCAAGCUGGAGCGUCUGGAGAGCGCUGCUAUCACCGUCCCACCGGUUUUAGAGAGACAAGCUUCUGCCUCGUCAGGGUCACCGGUGGAUCCGUCUGAGGGGAAGAAAACACUGACGAACAGACGCAGAACCACAUCCAGCAGCAGACACCGGCGAGACACGUAUAAUGAAGAUAAUGCGCGGCAGCAGGAAGUCCUUCACUUCAGCAGCAGCUUCCUCGGGGAGGUCGUCGUUCACAGAGGGAAGUGCAUCGGUGAGAGCGAGCGACUGGGCCGCAGUGUGUAUUACGCGUUCAACUCCACGUCUGGAGAUUUUGCCGUCGUCUACGAGUGGAUUCUUCGCUGGAACAAGACGGUCGGAAAGUUCUUCACCAGCCAGGAGAGAGAGAAAAUAGAGAAAUGCAAAAAACAGAUCCAGGGCGCGGAGAGCGAGCUGAACUCUCUGCUGAAGCUCAGUCAUCCUCAUCUGGUGCACUAUCAGGCGCUGAGCUGCAUCGAGCGAGACGACUGUCUGGUGGUGGAUCUGCUGGCCGAACACGUUCCCGGCUCCAGUCUGUCUCAGCUGCUGUCCGGCGGCGCUCCGGUGCCCAUCGAUCAGCUGCGGCGACACGCUGUCCAGCUGGUGAGCGCGCUCGACUAUCUGCACGCUAACUCAGUAGUGCACAAGCAGCUGAAGCCGUCCAGCGUGCUGCUGGACGCUCGGGGAGACGUGAGGCUCGCAGACUACAGUCUGGCCAAGCGUCUGGCGGACGUCUGUAAGCAGGACAUCUUUGAGCAGAGUCACGUGCGCUUCAGCGAAGACGUGCUGCCCUCGCGCUCCGGGAAGAAGGGAGACGUCUGGAGUCUGGGGCUGAUGCUGCUGGCGCUCGCUCAGGGUCACGAGGUCAAGGAGUUUCCCGUAACGCUGCCAGAGAACCUGCCAGCAGACCUGCACGACUUCCUCAACAAGUGUGUGUGUCUGAACGACGCUGAUCGCUGGCACGCUCACCAGCUUCUGGAUCAUCCGUUCCUGCGUCCUCCGUCGCCCAAGAGCGUCGCUCCGUGUCCGGAGUCCAGUCCUGAGGACACGGGCGUUGAUUUCGCCUCCACGGUCGUCCCGCGCAGUCACCUCCUCAGCGCCCCCUUCAGUACGGAGGUGCAGAAUCAGUUCUCGCGCUACUACAACGAGUUCUCCGAGCUGCAGCUGCUGGGGAAAGGAGCGUUCGGGGCUGUUAUAAAGGUCCAGAAUAAGCUGGACGGCUGUUAUUACGCGGUGAAGCGGAUCUUGGUGAACCCGGCCAGUAAACAGUUCCGGCGGAUCAAAGGCGAGGUGACGCUGCUGUCGCGACUCAACCACGAGAACAUUGUGCGUUAUUAUAACGCCUGGAUCGAGCGGCACGAGACGCCGGUGACCGGAGGCAUGACCAGCGACAGCUCCGAGACGCUCAGCACCCCCGAGCGACCGCAGCGGCCCGCGGCUCCGGAGCACCGGAACGAACUGGGACUGAUGGACAACAUCGAGGACGACGCGCCUCCGCCGGCCCUCGCCAGCUCAGUGGAGUGGAGCACCUCGCUGGAGAGAUCGUCCAGCGCCAAAUGCAGCGCUGCAGACUCCACCGACGAUGAGGAGGACGAUGAAGAGGAGGAUGUCUUCUGUCCCUCCUUCCUGCCUCCUGACAGCGACUCGGAGAGCGACAUCAUCUUUGACAACGAGGACGCCAGCAGAGACAGUUUGCUGCAGGCGGAGCGCAGCAGCAGGAAAGCAGCAGAUACGCUGGAGAGCUCAGACUCAGAGAAGCCGCUGCUGAUAGCGCAUUACCUGUACAUACAGAUGGAAUACUGUGAAAAAAGCACUUUAAGAGACACCAUCGAUCAGGGCUUGUAUCAGGACGUCAGUCGCCUCUGGAGGCUCUUCAGGGAGAUUCUGGACGGUCUGUCGUACAUCCAUGAACAGGGAAUGAUCCACAGAGACCUGAAGCCUGUCAAUAUCUUCCUGGACUCUCAGGAUCAGGUGAAGAUCGGAGACUUCGGCCUGGCGACGGAUCAUCCCGCUAAUGUGGCUGCAGGUAAACUAGAGGUGGAGGAGAGCAACUCAGGGUUUGUCCCAAAACCAGAUCCAACAGAUAACAUGACUGGUAUGGUUGGUACGGCCCUUUAUGUCGGUCCAGAGGUUCAAGGAAACACUAAAGCCACUUAUAACCAGAAGGUGGAUCUGUUCAGUCUGGGCAUCAUCUUGUUCGAGAUGUCUUACAGACCCAUGAGCACAGCGUCUGAACGCAUAUUUGUGCUCGGUCAGCUCAGGACAGAGUCGAUUAAUUUCCCUGAAGACUUUAACGAGAACGAGAGUGAAACGCAGAGGAAGGUGAUCCGCUGGCUGUUGAGUCACGAUCCGGCGCUGCGCCCGACGGCGGUGGAGCUUCUGAAGAGCGAUCUGCUCCCUCCGCCGCAGAUGGAGGAGUCCGAGCUCCACGAGGUGCUGCAGCACACCAUGGCCAACGUCAACGGCAAGGCCUACCGCACCAUGGUCAACCAGCUCUUCUCCCAGAACAUCUCGCCCGUCACCGACUUCACCUACGACAUCGACAUCCACAAGGGCAGUUUUAAUUUCAGUACCGUUAAACUCCAGCAGUACGUGUACGAGACGGUCACCAGGAUCUUCAGACGACACGGUGCGGUUCGUCUGCAGACGCCGCUGCUCUUGCCCAGGAACAGACGUCUGUAUGAAGGAUGCGAGACGGCUUGUUUUAUGGAUCACAGCGGCAUGCUGGUCUCUCUGCCGUACGAUCUGAGGCUGGCGUUUGCCAGAUUUGUGGCCAGAAACAACAUUUCACAUCUCAAAAGGUACAGUAUGGAGCGUGUCUACAGGCCGAGGAAGCUGGAUCGAGCUCAUCCCAGAGAGCUGCUGGAGUGUGCCUUCGAUAUCGUCAUUCCCAUCAGCAACAGCCUGCUGCCGGACGCCGAGGCCAUUUACACCAUCUCUGAGGUCGUACAGGAGUUCAGCGCGCUGCAGGACAGAAACUACACCAUCCACCUGAACCACACGAGUCUGCUGAAGGCCGUUCUGCUGCACAGCGGCGUCCCUGAAGACAAACUCACACAGGCCUCCAACAUACUGUGUGACACCAUGAGUGAGAAACUGACGAAGCGCGAAGUGGAAGCCAAAUUCUGUAACCUGUCCUUGUCCAACAACAGCCUGCAGACGCUGUAUAAGUUCAUCGAGCAGAAGGGCGACCUGCAGGAUCUGCUUCCUCUCAUAAACUCGCUCACCAAACAGAAGAGUUCAGCCGUCGCUCAGAUGGCCAAACAGGGCCAGAAAGAUCUAGAAGAAGUCGUGAACCUCCUCAAUAAACUGGCCAUUAAACUACAGGUGGUGGUGAAUCUGGGUUUGGUAUAUAAGGUCCAGCAUCACUGCGGCGUCAUCUUCCAGUUCGUGGCAUUCAUCAGGAAACGCAAACGCACCGUUCCUGACAUCUUAGCGGCGGGCGGACGAUACGAUCAUCUGAUCACGGAGUUUCGUGGGCCGGCGGUGUCCGGUCCGGUCCCCUCAGCGGUCGGCGCCAGCAUCGCUCUGGAUAAGAUCUGCUCGGCUGUGGCCGGUCUGGAGGAAGCGCCUCCUGUGAGCUCCUGUGACGUUCUGGUGGUUCCUGUGGGUCAGUCCUCCUCUACCAGAGCCAUUAAAGUCACUCAGAAACUCUGGGCGGCCGGAGUCUCUUCAGACAUCGUCUAUGACGUCUCGCAGUCACAGGAAGCCCUUCUGGAGCACUGCAGACAAGCUGGAAUCACAUUCAUGGUGCUGGUGUCGGAUAAAGAAGGAAAUUACCUGAAGGUGAAGUCCUUUGAGAAAGACCGUCAGUCGGAGAAGAGAAUCCCAGAGUCUGAGCUGGUCGAUCACUUCAUCCAAAAGAGCCGGACCAAACUCUCAGAAGAGAGAAACAGAGAGAUUUCUGAGAGUGCUUCUCUCCAGAAUCCAAAGGGAUCAUUACUGGGAAACUCAGGUCUGUCUGAGUCACAUGGGAGUAACACCAUCAUGUCCAUGAACGUGAACCUCGUAACGCCUGAGAAAAUCUCAUGUAGCUCCCGGCGGAGAUACGAGACGCAGAUCCAGACACGACUGCAGAAUCUGAGCAGCAACUUGCAGAACAAGAGCAACGACAUUGAAGUGCUGGCUGUCGAUCUGCCCAAGGAAACCCUCAUCAACUUCCUGUCCCUCGAGUUUGAUGGUGAGGAGCAGUUCAACAUCAGUGUGAAGACGCUUCUCUCUCGGCUGCCCAAACAGCGGUACCUCAAAUGCAUCUGUGAGCAGAUCUACCACUUCAAGAUCUCCAAAAGGGUGGCUGUGGUGGUUCUUUACAGCUACAGAGACGAUUAUUACAAGAUCCUGCUCUGAUCUCUGAUUUCACUGCCCAGACAAUGAAGGUAACGGGGCGUUUUAAAGCUUUACAGAUUCUGCCGUUAAACCAAACUGUUUUUAUACGGCGGAUUCGAUGCCAAAGGCUGAUGAGCGUCAUCUGAAGGGUCCAGUCAUCAAUCAUAUUAUUAACGAUUCCUGUGAAAUCACGAUUAAAUACUGUACAGUCCACAACUGAAGGAAAUAAAAUAUUUUCCUGUA